UUCCUGCUUACAGCGAACAAGAAUGACAAGACUGAGAACAAGACGGGAGAGGCCAAGAAACCCAAGAGUACAGCCCGUCCUCGCCCGGCCUCCACCACCACUCCUGCUACUCCGGCUGCCUCCACUAACGGUGAAAACACCUCCGCCCACCGCCGCAGGGUCAUCACCAAACCCCCUGUGCCCAAGCAAACGCCACUGGAGAAGAAGCCACCGGUGCCCCGUGCUCCUCGUACCCCCCGGCCCAUUAACGCUCCAACACCUGAUCUGAAGAACAUCCGGUCCAAGAUCGGAUCCAUUGACAACAUCAAGUACCAGCCUGGUGGAGGAAAGGUCUCCUCCACUCCAAACAACAAGACUUCCGAUCCCUCCACCCCUGCUGCCAAGACCAGAGUGCAGAUCCUAAAUAAGAAGGUUGAUUUGAGCAAGGUGACAUCCAAAUGUGGCUCCAAGGACAACAUCAAACAUAAGCCAGGUGGAGGUGAUGUGAAGAUUGAGUCCCAUAAGCUAAACAUUAAAGCUAAGUCUAAGAUUGGAUCCCUGGAUAACGUGGGGCCAGGCAACGGACAGACCAACGGACACAAGGAGGAGAAAACAGAGGAGAAGACAUCUUCACCCCCAAGUGGUGCUCCGACAACAGGACCAGCAGGCGUUGCUAAGGCAACAGCACCAGGAGGAACUAAGGAGAAUGGAGUGAAGGACCCCACACCUACUCCUUUUGGGGGUGACGGCCUGAGGGAGCCCCUUAGCAUAGACAAACGCAUCACUGAGACAAAUUGAGUCCCAGUGACGUGUAGAGUUUGGACACGCAUGGCGCAGGCCGACUUGCCAAUCAACCGACCAACCAACCUACCACGGCGCAGUCACUUCCCUCUUCCCUUCAUCUCGCCCACCGCAGUACUGAACUGACCAAUUGUCUCUCAGUGUUUCUCUGAGGUCCGCCUGCCAGCUUCCUGCUACCAACCCUGAUCUUUGACCUCUUUACGCCCUCUGGUUGCCCUUUGGCCCUGCCCACCACAGCACUUGCUGUUUGUCUGUGUUUCUCUGUGUGGGGAUCCACCAGCUUCUCUACUGAUAAAAUUCCCUUGUAAUCACUGAUUUAGAGGACUUCAACCUUCAAUCCCAUAUUUAAUAACCUUAAACGCAAUAAACCCACUAUCGUAGUCAAUGCUGUAUGGAUAUUGAGCAUAGCCAAUUUUUUCACAGAAUAUUUCCACCUAUGAGUACAAUUACUGUUUAAACACGUGUCCUUAUAGCGCAAAGACCCUGCUUCAGAACUCAGUUUCUAAGGCUAAUCUAUGGUCUCUAUUAUAAGCUUUUACAAUUCAAAACCACUUUGAUCUUCCAACCUUGUUAGCAGACCUAUGCCCUACCUCUAUUCCCAGUCCUGGUCCAUUUAGCUCCAGACCACACUAACCAGCUGAGGGCCUGCUACUGGCCAGCAGCAGGGCAAAUACUGUCAAGUCUGCUUCAGAUCAACACGUUCCAGCCUCCCAGCCAGCUAGCCAGCCAUUAUUUUCAAAUAGACAGUAUCUACAGCACUGCACAUUAUCUAAUUAAAGGUAAUUCUACAACUCACUCAUCAAUCAUUAUUUCCCAUUAGAUCUCUUGGUAUCAUUGCACCAGUUUGUCUUCACCAAAUGUAUUACAAUACUGCUUCUUUAUCUCUGGACUUGAUGCUCACAAUUAACAGUGAUCAAUGCAGAGGACAAGGACUUAUAUAGAGUAGAGGGGAUACAGUUUGGAAAUAGAUCUAAAGAUAUCAUUCGAAAUCAGUACAGAGAAGUCAGAAACUAUUAGGAUGUUAGACAAUUCGUGUUCAAUAAAAGAAGAAUUUAUCGAGAGUACUUGCAGACGACUUUAUGUGGUUAGUGCAUGAUAAUCAUCAAGAAAGGUAGGCGUAAAGUGAUGGGAGAGCUCUGUUGUUUCACUGGGUGGUCUUGGCUCAAAAAAUUAUUUGGCAUCUAACAGGUAUUUGAUCUCGAAGCUAAGAUCACAGCAUUUGACUCUGAAGUAGUGAGCCAAUCUGAAGGAGGGAUUAAAAUCAAUUUAUUGCGGAAGAAUCGUCAUGAUCAGUGGUUUUGCUCAUGCUGGCAAAGUAAAACUUUGACAUUGCUUUGACAUGCUAAUUUCCACCAUUGACCAAUGUCAAGCCAUCUUAUAUGCGCUGUCCUUUGAGGGAUCGGAGAGCUGUCCAAAAUGUAGGAAGCUAUGGUAGUAUUAUGAACUACCUCUGUUUAGAGUAUAAACAGCUCCACAAAAGAGGAAUAGUUCUAAAGUAAUAAUUAUGAGACUUUUGAAUAAAUGGUCUGAACAUAUUUUCCCAUUAGCAACUGUGCUAACAAGCUUGCUUGAUUAGCAGGCUUGCUCUCUUCAGUAAGUGAAUGAAAUGACAGUCCUAGAACGAAAUAUCUUUUUUGGGACUGACUUGCACUAGUUUUCAAUCUUGAAUCUACUUCGCCAAGCUACUAAAACUACAUAGUAUAUCGAGGCACGGAUGAAUUUCACCAUACCAUUUUGUGGUAUGACCGGGCCUUAAGACAAUAUUCCUAUAGACUUAGUAACCCUUCACCUUUUAAAUAAGCUCACAUACGUGACCCUUUGCAUGGCAAAAGGAACUAAAUCCUUUAGUAUUAAUUUUCUGUUUAAGACUGUUUCCGCCACAGAACAUGCAACCCUGCUCUCCUGCACCAUAACCCUUUGGUUCCCACACUGUCUAAUCGCUUGAUCCAGUAACCCCCCAUUUAAUCUUCAGUCCCACUCAUACACCUAUAGACACUCCUGUGAGGAUCUUCAGCAGUCACCCUGAGCUGUGUCUAGUAUUUACAGUUCAUAUGUGGCUAUUAGGGACAAACAGAUCCUUCCUUCUCUCACACAUGUAGCAUUUCCUGGUCAUGUGGAGAGUGGGUGGGGCUACAUAGCCACAUCCUAUUUUAAGUCCUCCCACUAGGCGGUACAUCUUUGAAUCUUCUAUGCCCUUUUUGACCAAAUUAGCUUUGGUUCUUGAACCAGUUCUGUUCAAGAUUCUUGGAACACUGAUGCUAUCUAGCAAAGUAGCCCAACCAGUUUUGAGCGGAACAUUAUAAUCCAGGAUGCGUCAUCAAUGGAGGGCUAUUGGAAUAUGACACGCCCAUUUUUUGUUCGCACUUCAGGUCAAGGAAAACCUGAUAUUUUUUGGUUCCUGCUCCACCUUUCGGGUUGCGAACCAGUUUAUUUUUGGUCGAAAUUCUCCAAACGGUUCAAAAUUCAGUGCGCGAACCAGAACGGAGCUAGUUCCAUGUUGGUGGAAAAGGCCUAUCUGUGAGACCUGCUAACUUUCUUCACACACAAACACUCUUACACGUAAGCACAGAUAUUGAUAGGAAAGCACACACAUGCUUGUUGGUGUGGAUGUACACACACACACACACACACUCAGAACAGAAAUCAGCACACAAACAGUAUAUUCACAAACACAAAUCAGCACGCUAAAAUAAAAACGGUAUGCUGUUCAGCUUCAUAGAAGCAUUUCUCUGUGCUAGAAUGAAACCAACUCUUUAUUGUGCUUUGGUGGUCUAUGCUAAUAUUUUUAAAACAAGGAUGAGCUGUGUGUGUGCGUUGGUCCUGUCAUAGUCAGUGUCGGACAGUUUCAUCGUAGGCUCAGCUCAUCCUGCCUCCUUCUCGUCUAUCCUCUUCCUGUGUUUCAUUCCAACUCUUUGACAGCAAUACAGUGAUCUUAGUUGGGAACGCGAUGUACACACAGAGAGAUGGACAGAGACAGAGAAGAGCCAUAGAAGUUAACCGGCAGUUAAGAGAGGAGUGAGUUCACUUGCAGGAAGAACUGUAAAGGGAAUAAUGUUACAUUCAUGGCACGUCUGAAGUUGGCAUUUUCUUUGCAACUUUUUAUUGAUUUACUAAUGUACUUAAUAGAGACUAGUAGAUUCAACAUACUAAGAGCUAUUACCAAGCCACUUUAGGUGACUACUGUAGUACUAUAGUAGAAAAUUAUCAAGAUGUUCAGAGUUUCAAGUUAUCUAGUGUCUCUGGCAUAUAGUUUACUUAACAUCUGUAGUGUAAAUAGAUGGAAGUAAAUUGCUUUUUAAUUGCUUUUUUUUAAACAUUUUUGUUCUGCAUUUUCUUGUUCUUUGUUUUGUAUAGGAUAUCACUGGAAGUUAUUACAAAAGGUUUAUUUAUUAAAAACGUGUUUUACUAAACUCGACAGCAUGAACUGCCCAGCUCCAAAAUGCCAUGAAUGCAGCAGUAUUUCAGCAAGGCAGAAGUUGUCUUUAUAAUGAAAAAUCUCUAGUUGUAAAAUAGAGAACCACAUUUUAAGCGAUAACAACACCUAAAAUUGUAGGGAACAUUGUUUGUAUUAUUCUAGGGAAUCAUCUAAAUUCAGUUUUGGCAUUUUAGAUUCUAUUAAAACACUGUGAAAUGACUUUGAUUUACAGACCAUAAGCAUUCUUAUGUGUCACACCAGUAUAAUGAGUAGAAGCAGCCAUCUUAAUGGAGAUCUAUCUACUCACUGUCUAUGCAUUGUGCAUUAAAGGCUGGGAGGGUCAUCGCUGAAACUAUGAAGGAUUAGUGACGUGUUUGUAGGGUGUUGUCGUACUUGUCAGAUGUGUGAAGUGUUACUACUGCAUCCAUCCUGUAGAGAGUGCUGCUUAGCCUCUGGAACACUGAUAGUCUGGCUCUGAGACUCAUCAAAGGCUGAAUGAGAAACCUUACAUCAUUAGAGAAGCUUCUGUGGAGUUACAUCCUGCUGUCAUUUAAUAAGCUUUGAUGGCCACUCUAUACUAUUGUGUCUGGAAUACUAAAAAUCAUGUUAAUUAUGUACAGCUCCCCUUAAAACCCCAAAGUCUUGUGCUCUUUGAACACAGUCUUGGUCAUUUAUUGAAGCACUGACGUGAUAUAAAAGUUGCUUUAUUGUAUAUUGGUAAAACAUUGUCAACUGUGUACUGUACAUCUGUGCUUUUGGGAGCAAAACAGUCUUGGUAGUUAGAGACAGUUAUGAUAAUCAAAGAGCAAGUGAUCAAAUAGUCAAACAAAAAAGACUAGACUAAAACUAAAAACACCAUAUAAGCAUUUUAAUAUUGUACUCUUCCCUCCAAAUCAUUCCCAUGAGUUGCCUAAAAGUAAAACAUCAGACAUGACAUCUGUGUGGAUCAUAUGUGAAAACGACAAUGUGAAUCUUUCUUUGGGAAUAGAAGAACAAAGGGAUGAAAGCACUUUGAUAGGUGUAGACAGUGGUCCGUGUAUAUAAAAUAGGAGCAAGUUGUAGUCUUAAUGUGUGUUGGAAGCUAUGUAUGUUCCCAUAUGACGGGAUGAUCUGAUGUUGUGUAUCAUGGAUGACGCAUCGGUAGCCCUUUAUCUUGGUCAGCUUAGAGGAUUUUACUGUAACUUUGGUCACCUGUGUUGUUCAGUUGGCUAUGAUGGUUUAACACUGUCUGGUCUGUCCCCAUGUUGUUCCCGUCAACAUUCACUGAUUAUUACUUUCUGACCAAGCUACAAAUUCUCAUUUACGAAGUGGGCAAGUUCCUUCUUAUGAUUAAAUUUAAAGGAUGCCUCUGGUAGAAGGGUUUGCCAUGAAUGAAUUUCACUCCUUUAGCAUAAAGUAUGUUAGGUCAUUGUAUGUGAUUUUCAUGAUCCUAAAACAGUGACAACUGACAACGUGUUGAGACACGAGAACAGUUCCAAAGCUGCAUGGUUAAAUAAUUUUAAUGACAAGCAUUCAAACCUGUGAGGUUGAUUUCGCAACCUGUAAAACAGACAUUAAAUUUGUUGAAAAUGAUGCACUUUACGUGUGAGGAGGUGAGUGAUGUUAUCCAGACAGCUACCAAGUUUUUGUAAGGGAAAUUGCUAAUGAUGAAGAUUCUGUUUUGCAAUGUAUGAAUCUACAGGCUAUAAACUAAAAAGUAAUUCCAGUUAAGUAAGUUUGUAAAACUUAGUACAUGUGAUUUAAGUGAAGUCAUAGUGAAAUAAAAUUGGUUGUUUUCCACGUAUUUGUUAAGAAUUUUGGAAGGGCAUUCUUGUAGAGAGCUGACAGGAAAUGAGAUGGGUGAUGACAUGAUACAAACGUCCCUGCACACGGUCAGCAUCUUAAACCGUUAGGCCAACCAGGCAUCACAAAGUGAAUAGUGAUUAAGCUAGAUUCAUGCUUUUAGUACUUAGGAUUAUUUGUGGAAUAAAUUUAACAUUGCAAUUUUGCAGCUUGGACAAAAGGCAAUAAUCAGAUUCACUCUGAUGUCCCCUUACAAAUGUUUGAUUCCCCAGUUAUAGAGCUUGAAUACCACCUUUCCACUAGUAUCUUACACUGUCCCUUGUAUAUAUUUUCCACCACGUUUUUAUCACUCCAGAAGUAACUCAAAUAAAUAAAAAAACAAAAAACAAAAAAAAACGUAUUAACACUGAGUGAAGGAUGUUGACAGAUGAGCUUUCACCUUCAUAGACCUGUUACCGUUAGGGUCAAUAAUGGUAUUAUAAGAUUGAAAGCAUCAGAAAGGAAAAGUGUACUUUUCUUUUUUCAGAGUCUGCCUUUGUCCUCCAAGAAAAGAGCUGCUUAAGUAUCAAGAAUGUUUUUAAAAUGUAUUAAAGAUGCAAGAUUAUGAAUUCAUGUAUGAGGUUUGUCUCUGUUCUGUUUUGGAAGAUAUGUCAUAUAUGGAAACACUAUUAAUGGGAUUCAUGUUGACGGGCAGGAAGGGAGGCAGUGUGUGUCAUGUUUGGUGAGGUCUAAUACGUGGCUUAACAGAAGUAUCACAGAAAAAAAAACCUGGGAUCACAUAAAAACAAAAUCGCACACAUUGGUUGGCAGACUUUACUUCAUUAAAACAGUAAGAAACAAAGUGUUUUCCACUUCAGUUUGAAAUGCACUACUCUACAUGUGACAUGUGACACACAUUGGUCAGCCCUUACUCCCGCCUACCGCCACCCCCCUGUUAGACUUUCCAGGCUUAGUCUUUUGGCAUGUGGUAGAAAGUAAUGUUCUGUAUUAAACAGCUCCUAUAGACACCGUGUCAUACCUACCAACACAAGAUUGGAUGAAAGGAGGACCAAAGUAUUUUCUCAGUGUCAAAAGAAAAAGGCUGAAAAUAAUGGAAUAUUUUAGACCAAUUUGCACAAUUUAAAAGCAUAUGGUAUAUUAAUGGAAUUUUGAAUUUGAAUUGUCCUCCUAAGAGAGGCAGCUAAUUGCAUGAAAUGUAACUUGGAAAAAGGUUAAAUCCAGAACAAAAGGGAGUGUUGGUAGAUAAACACCUGGAGCCCUUAGCUGUGUCUCCCACCUACAGAGGCUUGUCAGCAUCACAGCACUGAAAAGUAGCUUUCUCUACUUGUGUCCUUUACCACAUAUACAGCAACUACCAGAUGGUAAUCCAGUUAAAAACCAAUAUUCAAACUGUCUGUUUAUCAAGGAGAGCACAAAAUUAGAACUCUGUAUUUUUACAUGAUAAAUACAGUAUUGAUUUUAUUCAUGAGACAGGCUUUGUCCCAAUCUGUCUUUACACAUUUACAGGAACCAGGCAAAAUAAUCUACUUUUCAGUGCCGUGGAGUGGGUCCACUAUAUUGCGUGCUGUGUUAUUCUGUAGGGCACAACACCAUAGCAAGAGCAUGCAGAAGACAACAAACUGCUGGUUGUUAGAGGCAUCUUUCCCAUUAGAUAGAGCUCAUCUCCCCCUAUAAUUCUGAAUAUUUGGUAUGAAAGAGUUGUUCAUUGUGAUUAAUUGUUAACCAGUGAUGUGAAUAUUAAUCAUGAAAUAAAAAGAUGAGCAAAAGA